CGGAGCUGCUCAUACUGGACUUGGCAGCCGAUCGGAUUAAACCACCGCUGCAAGACACACGUGGCUUCUCCCUCAACAGAAUUCUAGCGGAGGAUACGCCGAGCAAAAAAGAAAAAAAAAAAAGAGCAACAACAGAUAUAUAUUCCGGAGCAGGACUCGGAGAAGAAGAGAGAAACAGAUAGGACGUGGCUGCCGGAGGUUCCAGAAGUAGCCGCCAGGCGGACGGAGAGCGCUCCGCGUGACCUCAUCUCGGCGGCACUGGAGCUGUCCAGCCGGGCAUGGUGAGGUCACGCGGCGACGACAUGUCGUCCCAGGAGGACCCGUUGACCACGGCGGCCGACUGGCCCGCCGAAGCCCAGCAGCCCCAGGGACGAAUCCUCCCCGAUCGGAGAAAAAGAUCCGCGGACUCCAACGACGAGUCUUCGUCUUCCUCCGUCUGCGACGACACCACCAGCACCACCAACAACAACAACGUCAAGCAACCGCGAAGGACAGGGACGCCGAGUUCAGGUCGCAGACGACGAACGACGUUGUCAGCCCGGGAACGCAACUUACGGCGCCUCGAAAGCAACGAGCGAGAGCGCAUGCGCAUGCACAGUCUCAACGACGCCUUCCAGGCGUUGCGAGAAGUCAUUCCACACGUGGCCAUGGAGAGGAAACUCUCAAAGAUUGAGACGCUCACCCUGGCCAAGAACUACAUCAUGGCUCUCACAAACGUCAUCUGCGACAUUCGCGGCGAACCGAGGCCCUACGAGUUCUGCCCUGCGGACGAAGACGACGUUGACAGACAGAACAACGACGACGAGGACGACGAAGACGACGAAGACGAGCUCAAAGACGACGAUCUCCCAGUGAGCGACGAAGCCCUUUGACGGUGGAGGCACAGCCAACCGCAUCGACAGCGACAUCGUUUUUGGGUUCCGAUUUGCGCAGCCAUCUUGUUGUUUGAUCCUUUCUCGGUUUCACCAAGAUUCAUUUCAUUGAGAAAGGCUUGACAUUUUAUUCAUGUUUCCGUUUCGCAAACUUCACUGGCAGAAAAGGACUGCAUUGUGGUGCACUGUGUUCAACGUGGAGCCUCGAAUGUUGGGCCUUGUUGGCUUCCUCAGUUGUAGUUCAGUCAGAUGACAUAUGGGGGCGCUGUGGCUGUCAUACUUGUUCCCAUGCAGCCACCAGGGGUGCCACUCUUUGUUAAUUGUCAGGGAUGUGGAGCCUGCAGUUUUGGGAAGAAAAAAAAAAGAUGUUGGGCAACAACAACUUCGGUUAAAACACUUCGCUCGCUAAAUUUUCGCUUCGUGAUGGAUCAGACACAAUUUGAAGUCACUCGUCCAUGAGGUUUCUCCAUAUCAGUGACAGGCUAUCAUGGAUCAGGGUGUAACUGGGACUGCGCCACGUGACAAUGAUAUUUUGUGUUGUAGAUAUUCCGCUAAUGGGUUACGUUGCGUGGUGUCACGUGCAUGCUAUAUAACAAUCGGCAAAGCUCAUUGCGGCACUCCACAUUUCUGAAAGCCAUCCCGUACAACAAUCAAACAGCCCAGUGCCCAGUAUGUCGUCUGCGGCUCUCUAAAAGAACUGCAAGUCAUUGUGUGAAGCCUUCUGGCCACGUUUCGCUAGCGACACCGCGUAUCUGUAGUGAGGCGAAUACUGUUUCCAUACGAGAGUCGACGAGUGUCAUUUUUGUUGUCGAUAUGCUUUUUGUUUUUGAGCUUUAUUGUUAUUGUUUUGUUGGUUCAUCUUGUCAAAUACUUUAGCCAUUUUCUGGAGGGUAGCAGUCACAGCGCAGCAGGCUAUAUUUUGCUUGUCUCAGAUAUAUGCUGCUGUAUAUGGUUGCUGCAGAUAUUACACAAGACUAGAAACUGCCUUCGCCUGAAUACGGUUUCAGGGUUCUAGCAAAAUCUUGCAGUGUGGUGCAGCAACACACCUGUCAAGUUUUGGACUGGCCUUAGGUAUUCGAGUGAACGAAAUUGUUCAUCCCCUCGCAGUACAGAAGACGCUUUUUAGCUGCGGUGGAUGGUGCAUCAUGCUCUAAAUAUUGCCACACACCACUGCUUUGAUGACACAAUGUCUUUGGCAUCGCUGUUGAGAGUGUCACCGAUGAAGUAGUACCACAACUCAUCAAACAGUUGGAAAUGGUCUAGUAGCCAACGUUGCUUUGAAGCACUAGCACUAAAAAUGUCGGACUUGGACCUACAAUUGUCAGUGAAUAAUUAUCUGGAAUGAGGAUAUCUGGUGCAUAUUAUCCGAGAUUCUGGGAUCAGAGAUCAGUGAUUAAAUAGUUCAAAAUUUCUUGGAGCGAUUAUCACCGCAGUGGGCUACUCAAUAUUUAAUUGUCUGCAAUGUGUAGACCACCUGCAGUGUAUCAUUGGGUCACCAAACCGUUGCCAUUUACCAGUACUAAUAUGUUGGCCAGUAAAAAGCCCAGCAUCAUUCUGUUUCCGGGGUAUCUGUUAUCGUGAUUCAGAGUCCUUUAAACAGAAAUUAUAGAUAUCAGAGAGAGGUUACAUUUAAAAAAUAGCAGAUACACUUGGCUUUCUGAGAGACAACGAAGUUCACAACAGCGGCGGUUAGUCUCAAGUUACUUUCAGGUAUGCAUACAAAUGCUUCGUUAAUGUCAGAACUUAUUCACGUUCACUGUAAUUCACAUCUUUUUCUCACGCUUUUUGUUUUUUACCAAACGUGAUAGAUAAGCCUUACAAGCUUUGCAGGUGUGUUGCUGCACUGAAAACACCGGACGACAACAAGACUGUUUUGCCAGAACUCCUUAAACUGCCGCGUAACAGUGUGUGGAAAGGAAAGACGAGUGUCGAAUGAUUGCUGAAUAUUUCUGUUAUUCUUGUACGCCCCUCUCAGCCGAAGUCAUUGUAGCAUACAUAUAUAUAUAUAUAUAUAUUUCUUUACCCGAACAUGUAAGGGUGUCGAGAUUAUUUUCUGCAAGCAGACGACGCUGUGCUAACUGCGAGAACUGUGGCCAAAAGGGCUGAGCCUUCGCGGCUCAGACCUUCUUACAAGUUUAAAGUAGAAUAGUUAACGUUGCUGAGACAACACAAGACUGUGUGCCUAUACUGACCCGUACAAUCCACUUUGCAAAAUCUGCACUUCGCUUCUUUGACACGUUACUUUAUAGUACUAAAGCAGGAAAUAUGGGAGUACCCCGCCCUCCACUUUCACGUGGUAGAAAAUAGAACGCAAGGAACGUCUGUUAGAAGUUGCGCAGUCGUACCGCUUGCUACGCAGUUAAGAGUUGUACAUUCGGGUAUGGUGCACAAACCACAACAGGUUUUCCCGGCGAUUCUAAUCCGAGUGCCAGCUAAAUUAAUCCACGUGCCAUGCAAACUUUAUGGGGCAUGGAUUAAUUUAGCUGGCACUUGGAUUAAAAUCGCCGGGAAAACCAGUAGACUAGGACCGGCCAAAUCACAGAGGAUGUUGCCGAUGGGUCUCAUUCUUCGAACAUCACCGAGUUCAUUGACGAUUGAUUGUAUACGUAAUCGAAACAAGCGCUAUUAAUUGGUGGUGUAAUAUGCGCAAAAUUAUACGCAAAAUACUGCGUAUGCAUUUAUUUGUACGUUGUCAUUGGUUACUAAAGGUCACCGUGGCUAAAGCAAGCAGAUGCUCCAUUCUCUUUCACUGUCUGCUUUUACUGUCAUCUGACAAGAAGCUGGGCCACCUCUCAAUGCUUCUGCAUGCUAUCACCUUGGGGGAGAUCACAUGACAUCAAACACCCCCCCCCCUUUAAAAGGCCAAGCUCUCUGUCAGUCAUGAUACUCACAAACCCUCUCUAGUGGCAGUACUGUCCCCGUACAAGCGACUUAAUGUAGCAACCGUAGCAGCAACUUUUAAAAGUAACAUGACGGACAUUUAAGGUCGCCAGGAAAGAUACGUACACAGAACUUUAUUUGUACACAAAGUUGCACCACCGCGUAGGAGGCACAAGUAUCUAGCUGCACCACAGUUCAGCGAGAGCUCUGACUUAGCACAGAUGCACAUGUACAGUAGAACUAUAGAACACUGGGGAACAGCUACAACGUCAGAUUUAUAUUGUCUCCUAUCUCUUUCAUUGCCAAGAAGCUCAAGUAUCGUAACAAGAAGUGGAUACGCCUUUGCUUUUACUUUGCCGCACUUUCAGUUUGAUGUUAUUGAUUGUUUGCUGAAGAUACUGAGAAAACAUAUUCUGUGAUCAGUUGCAACAUCGUCAUGCUGUGACCCUAUUGUCGUAUGCCAAGCAGCGCACAACAUCUUGUCCCAAUGUUGGCUCAAUAUUGGCCAUACUGGCCCAAUUUAAUGACCACUAUUGCCGAUAUACAGCCAAUAUAGGGCCAGUAUAUUAUGUUGCUUGGGAUAAGACAGAGAAAGGGAGUCAAAACAGCAUAAUAUACUGGUCCAAUAUUGGCUGUAUAUCGGCAAUACUGGUGUGUUGGGCCAGCAUGACCAAUAUUGAGCCAACAUUGGGCCUAGACGUUGCACUGCUCGAGAUACGACAACAGGAUCACAGCAAGAUGACGAUGCUGCAACUGCAGUGAAUUCACUGUUUGACAAGGAUCAGAAAGCUGCGAUUUGGACACCUUCCAAGUUAUUCAUGAGCGUUGUGCCUCGAGUGAACCAAACAGGUUAAGAAAUAUUUGUAAGCUGUUGUGACGCAAGAACCUAGGCUCGAACUGCGGAAACUUUCACUGGAAAUUGUCAAACAGUACUGGUUUUCAAUCCACUCCCAUUCUUUUUCACAAAAAAGGUGCGUUACUGUGCAUAUUGCACGUGCAGCCUAUUUGACAACACAAAAUGACAAAAACACGAAUAUUUAAAAGCUCGAUGCCAUUGACCCAACAUAAAAAAAAACAGAGUUGGAAAAAAUAGAACACAGUAAGAAAUCACUACCACAUUACAUUCGUGCACAGUGGGCAGGGAAAGAAGUCUCGCCCAAUCAGAGCGUGCCAGCUGUGAACGACAUUGAUGACAAUGAGACAAAGCCUUCGAUUCAAAACCAUGUGCUUUUUUGUAGGUAUAUCCUUUGCUAUAUUCACAUAGGUAUGCACCUCUAGUAGAUUAGCCGGAGAUUAUUUUUGUGCGAGUCCCUCCUCAUCUUUUAAAUCUGGGCCCAUAAAUCUGGUCCCUACAUAUGCAGUGGCUUUCUUUAUAAGCACACCAGAAACAUGACUAUGCAAGGUAGACUUCGUUCAGCUGCAUUCUUGGCUUUGUCUGGAUUUGGUUUGGUUAUCUAGGUUACAUGAAGUAUGCUAGUUUUCGUCUAUGGUGCAAAUCUGAGAGCGGUGACUACUAGCUAGCAUUUAGACCGCCUGAACCGGUUCAGAACGCAGUAUACGCUUUUUCGUUAAGCUUCAUUUGGCAACGCAAUGAGUCACUGAUAAGACUGACUCAAAAAAUGCACCAGAAACCCGUGUCAUUUGAUCCUGCUGCGUCAUCUAGUUACCUCAAGGAUGCCUUUGAAUGCUAACAGGCAAUCGUACAUCCAGAGAGCUCUAUGUACAGGCUUACUUCUUUUUCUUUUUUUUUUGUUUACUCAGAGUGGUGAACUUUACACGUGCUCGAGAAUCGAAUCAAUCUGAACACCACCAGUUUUUAAAGCUGUGCACUCAUAGAGGGUAGCAAAUAUGUAAAACAGCAGAAACAGGAUUAUCGAAUUGCCGAACCUGUUUAGAAUACGUGCCGUGGCUGUUGGAACUGUACAGUUAAAGAAAUCGACAGUAGAGAUUGCCAAUGCCAUAACGGCAUUGCAUUCAAUGUUUUAUCUAUAGAAAUGUGCUAAACAAUCACAAACAUCUCCUGGAAGCAGUUUGGAUUACAGGCCCCAAACUAGAGUGUCAUAUUUAAUGCUGGGCAAAAAUCGAAAUUUUGUGUUUAAACCAGUGGAGGGCAUCGCUUGAAGCUUAUACUUUGUACCCAGUAUGCCAGUAUACCUAGCCCCGCUUCAGGCAUACUCUGCACCCAGUAUACGAGUAUUUUUUCGCCAGACAUGAAGAACAUGUGGUGCCCAGUACACAUACUUCACACACUUCUGCAGGUGCGAAUUUUUUUUUUUCUCGGACAGACCCCGUAGUGAUUUUUGCAAAGCUAAUUUUUGUUUCCUCAGUAUUUUUCCUAUUUCUUUUACCAUUAUUACUGUUUUCUGUAAAUAAAACGUCAGGAAGCCUGUAAACCGCCUUUUGACUCUUUCGCACAUUUCCUUUUUUUUUUAUUUGUGUUACUUUGCUUGUUCUUGUGCAUGAGCUGGCUUGUACUGUGCAGUACAAUACUGCAGAGCGCAAUUUGGCCCUAUACGUUGAGUGUGAUUCUGAUAUUGGCUCAUCACUGGUUUAAACCCAACCACAGUGAAACUGGUGGCAUUUAAUUGACUUUCGCUGAUCAAUGAUACAAUUCUCAUGUAUAUGUCUCGUUUCUACUUCAAGUGAUUCGAAACUCAUACCUGUCGGGGAAGUUAAUGGAAGUCGUUUAUAAUCACUCCAGCAUGACAAGUUAUUUGUUGCGGGGUAAUCAGCAGAGGUGCCAGACCUGAAAGGACAGUUCUUGAAAGAGUAUAUGUCCAGGGCACUGUAACAUUUGUAAGCACAUGCUUGAGCACCGACAUAUUUUGAAACAAGAAGUAAGCGAGUAAAAAAUUGCAUGCAACAUUUUCUGUUAUGGCUUCCUUUCAGACUAAAAAAAAAGCCCGCUCGAAGAAGUACGUACACGGUGCCCCGUCUUUGUUGUAAUUUCCUUUAGACAAACUAGGGCAGUGCGCGGGUGGGCAUAACUUUGCCAGCCUUUGCCCCGAAUGGACCCGAGCUUCCCCACACCAAGGCCCUCCCUAGCCGAGCUCGGCUCAUCUCCUUAUUUGUAACGUGUUCUAUUCGGCCAGUCUAUAAUUACGUGGAAGAGAACUAGAUUAGCAAAAUAAAAUAAAUAAAUAAAAUGGCAUUGCUGUCAAAAGCUGGGGUCUGAGAAAAAAAAAGCUCGAACGAGUACCUGAGCCUGGGGUCAAAUCAACUGUAAGGGCUGAACCUGUCUGGGACCAGCCAUUCAAGUGCAGUGCUCCGAGAAAAAACUCUACUGACUUUUGUCUCGGAGCGUGCUACAGGCAUUGCGGCUGAAUAGCAUUUUGAAGUUAACACUUUAUCGUGUGGUGAGAACUAUCGCAGCCUGUUGAGAUGGGAAGCAUCGAAGAUUAUUAGCAGUUUCCACGUGCAAACAAAAUGGCAACAUGUCAGAAAGCAACAGUCUUACCUCCAGACCUUUUUUCGGAAACCUCGUAUGUACUACUUCACGUACGAGGAAACGUGUCUGUCUGGGGCUCUGAAGGACGCGGGCGUACUUUAAAAUGAAUUGGGUAUAUGAAAUGUACUUGAUAGCACGGAUAAUAACCUCUCGUGUGACAUGCCGGGUAGCACAGUUGCCAUUCGAUCUGUGUUGACGUUCAGGUUGAGUUUGCCAAAUACUGCAAUCUCCGUUUGCCCAUGACCGCAGAGGUCAUUGCUGAACAAUCACUUUGUUCGAAGCACCAUCAUUUUUGGGGGUUUUCCCACGAAGGCUUGGCAAAACUUUUCGCAUCUGUGAACUGCGUGCGUGUUUGAAAUCUAUGUAGUACAGUACGACUGUCGUAGGCUGUUGUCUUCUCCUGGUUCGAGGCCAGUUCUUACGAGCUUUCCCACUACUAAUGCAAGCUUCCGUUCUGUUAUAAUCUGCCAGAUGAAGCGCAUAUAUAGUUUGCACCUGAAUGCUUGCACGUAACCAGCAGGCAGCGUAUGGGCAACACAAAUCGUCAAGUAGUCCGCACUGACGUGUAGAGCUCUCUCCGUAUUGCUUACUGCAUCAGCCCACACACACUACUAUUCUCUGCACCGGCAUUCGUACGAGAGUGUCCCGCUGCUACGUUGAUUCAUUUUCGCCAGAGAUGGUUUCAGCCAUGGACAUAGGACACCGAGGACCAGAUGACUGGUUCGGUAGCAUUGACGGGGAUCAGACAAGAAGUCCCCCGACCACAUGUGCCAAACUCGAAAUUAAUGGGCAGCCAUCGCGAUCGAACUUCUCGGCGUGUUCCGAACUGCUUGUUGGUGUGUUUGUCCUUUGUUGAAAGCGUCACCUGGUGGCUGUUUAGACUGUUCUCAAAGGAAGAGUGUCUUGUUGUUACACGCCGUGGUACGUAGAACUGAUCCCCUUAUUGGGCUAGACACGCGUGAUGUCAAAUGAUCCAUAUGUACGCUCCUGCCCUACCACAGCUCGGGGGGAAAACGCGCAACGGCGUGUUGCGACGCCACGUGUAUGUUUAUGUGGGCAUCGUGAGACACGGUAUGGGCGAAGAGUUAUCUGUUGGUGAUAAGAGAAUGCCUGAGCAGAAGUUGCUGGCGAAUGUGGUUCAGCGUAGCAGUACGGCAUCUUGUUAAGACUAGUCUUUUGCAAAGCGUAGCACUUCGGAAGCAGGCAGAUCUCCUCGGAUGCAUCACGAGGCCCUUCGAGUUUCACCACGAGAAUUCAGACUCUGUGCUUCGUCAGAAAGUACCUACUACUGCCCCCGAGAGCAUUCCACCCCCCAUCAUAUUGUCCCCUACCAGAUUAUAACAUUCCAUUCUCGUUCCCAAUCUCACUGGAGAGCCGAUUAAUGGUAAAGAUGCAUUUAGGUGCAAUCAAAUAGUGUCUACAAAGUUUUCUUUCAAUGUCCACGUUCUAUUGUGAUAUUGGUGUGAUAAUAGUGUGCAUUAAGACAUCAUCCCGUCUCUCCCCACGAGGGUCCGACACGGGCAUUCGGGAAUGCCUCCGGGAGGGGGUUUGUUUGUGUGUAUGUGUAUACGUGCCCAUUGAAGGUGGUGGUGACCCUGCCGGAAUGCAGGACGAGAUCGGCAUUUUCUUCUUCUUCUUCUGCGCGUCUUCUGGUCUCCCGGGACGUUCCCGAUUUCCCUGUGUCGUCCCUGGGACGUACAUUGUCGUGUGUCUGUUACUGGGCUCACCGAAAGGACAUCGAAGGCACGUACAUGUGUUCAAAACGAUAGACGCGUUGACGGUUUCAGACAUUCCAUUUUUGAGCUAGGAUAACUCUCUUUGUCUAGCUAAAGGACUAGUCUUUUGUUGCACGCGGAGCCACGACACGACGCUGGGACACGAUGUGCCCAGCGACUUCCCGGCAACCCUGUAGGAUUUUCCCCCCCCCAAUUUCAAAAGUCGAGACGGAGACGACAGGUCGUUGAGCAGAAAGCGCCCCCCAUUGCAAGGCUAUGUUCCGUUUUUUCAUACUGAACGCGAGUAGAGUAAAAGUACUUGGAGUCAGAGAGUAAUAUAUUUUGUAUUCACAAUUCCCAUUUGUUGAUAUUUUUAUUGUGGUAAGACAUUCAUAUUACUAUCAAAUAUUAUAUAUCUAUAUACAUAUAUACACUGGCGUACAAGUAUAUAUGAACAUACAUAUUCCUAUACAAAGCAAAGGUCUUGAAUGUCUGUUGAGAAUGUUGCAUUAUUGUUGUCAAAUAAAAGUUGAAAGCAUA